AUGGGGUCAUGUUAAGGCACAAUUGUUGAUAUCCAAUAGGAUUUAAGAAUGAGAGAAAUUAUGACUAAAUUUCAAGUUCCUAUGCCAUAUAUUGAUGAAUUUAAAAUAUUUCAAACUUUAAAAUAAGUGGAAAUGUAAUUAUUGACUCAUUAUUUUAAUAGCAUUUAACAUAAAAACAUUCCUAACUUUGAUUUAGUAUAUUCUAAAAUGGGAAAUACAUCAGACAAAAUGAAGAAUUUAGUUAAGAAAUGGAAAACAAAAUAUGAGUUACAUAAUCAUCCUAAUUUAUUAUCGAUUCAUAAUGUUUCUAUUAUUGAAUCAAUCAAAAUAUUUAUUCCUUAUAUUGAUAUUAUACUAUUAAUAGACAAACCAAUUCAAACAUUAACAAGACAUAAAAAAGUCAUAAUGAAAUAACCAUUUUCAUAGAAUGAAAUUUUGUUUUUAAUAGAUUGUGUUGUCUCAGGUCUUGCAUUUUAAUAGCAAAAUAAAAUUUAUCCAUCAGGAUUUGAUAUAGAUGAUAUUGUAACUGUUAGGACUCCAUUUAAUUUUGAAAUUUAUAAGUUAGUUGACAGGUACUAAAAACCAACCCGAUCUAACUUAUUUUAAGACUUUAUUUAACUUUUUGAUGAAAAAUAAAGUAUUUUAAUUUGUUCUAAUAUUUUAGCUUUGAACGAAUUAAAAAAAACAGCCUAUUUUUCACCUGCUCAAAUUCAGGCUAUUCCAAAAAAAGAUAAAGUAAAAUAGUUAUCUAUUAUUUAUAGUAUCUUAAACAUAAUAGAUAUAAAUCAGAUGUAUUUAAUUUUGCUCUCAUUUUGAUUUACUUAAUAAAAGCUAAAUAACCAGAAAUUUAUGAUUGGAAGGGAUGGUCGGUUGAUCAUUUUGCUUUAAGAAAAGCUCAAAAUGAUCUUGUAGUCACAAAUUUUAAUGAAAAUUUAUUACACUUAAUAGAAGUAAUGUUAACAAUAGAUGAAGAUAAAAGACCAGAUUUUAUAGAAUUAAAUAAUUUGGUCAGUAAAUUAUUUUAAGAUAUAUAAAUGAAUCGUUUAUUAGAUAAAUAUUAAGUGCAUGAUUUUUUUAUUGCUUCUUUUGAUAAAUCUUCGAAUUUCAAUAAUCAAAUUCUGUAUGAAAAUAUUUAUCAAUCAAAUUAAGCACAAUAAUCAAUUCAAGUUGCUAAAUUAAAUUUAAAUAAAUAAUCAUAGUAUUAUCCAUUAAGUUCUAGAAAUGAAUCAUAAAGAGCUAAAUAAAAUGACAUAAGUUAGGCAUCAUCAAUAAAAGAAUAAAUAAGUGAGAAUAAAACUAAUUAAGUAAAUACUAUCAAUAUGUAAUAAGGAAAAUUACAUUAUUCAAAUGGUUUUUAUUAUAUAGGUUAAACAUGUAAUAGAAGAAGACAUGGUAUUGGAACUUAUUACAACUCUGAUAAUCAAAAAGUUACUGAAGGAAUGUGGAUUUUUGAUAUUCCUGAAGGAGAUGUUAUUUUAUAUAAUUAACCAAAAGAAGAGACUUAGAAAAGUCAUCAAAAUUUGGCAAGAAAAGAUUGGGUUCAGUAUAAAGGACAAAUGAAACAAGGUCAAAAACAUGGAAUUGGAGUUCUAUAUUUUUCUGAUGGAUCGAAAUUUAUGGGCAAUUUUUCUUAUGAUUAAGCAAAUGGAAAGGGUUAAUUCGAAAAUUAAAUUAAAGAUUAUAUUAUUGGAACCUGGUAGAAUGAUAUCUUCAAUGGUUGA